AUGGGAACUACUGCAUCGACGUUGCAGUCCAACUUGAACAACUUUCUGCAGAGAUAUCGCAUAGCUCCUCAUGCUACCACUGGAGAAUCGCCAUCCAAGCUGUUUAUGGGACGGAACAUUAGGACACACCUAGAUCUGCUAAAGCCCGAAGACGUUCGCCAGAAAGUAUCGAUGAAGCAAGAAAUCAACUUUAAGCCAUCUUUCCGUGAAUUCAGUUCGGGUCAGAACGUGUAUUUCCUCUCCGGUAACCUUCGUAUGGAAAAAUGGAUUCCUGGUGUGAUCGCUGUUCGACUGGGAGAUUUGCACUAUGAAAUCGAAUAUUCUGGUAAACGAUUCAAGCGCCACAUCGACCAAAUUCGUUCGAGAUUCGGCCCUCAAGAUCAUCAGGCGAUUGAAGCAUCGGACGUAGAAGAAUCAAGCCAACAAGCUGCAUCAAGGCACGUUCAUUUUUACGGCAACGACAGCACGCUUCAUAAUGCACCUUCAACUCCAAUCAACUUUAGAAGUGUUCCUACUGACCAAGGAUCACCAGAGUUCUACACUCCAUCUGCAAGCCCAGUGGACAGCCCCGUUCCUCGAGAUCCUCCUUCGAUCAUCGUUCGCCGUUCGACACGAAUCCGUCAUCCUCCUCGCAAGUAUUCACCGUAG